UGUGGCCGCCGCCCGACAGUUUGCGGGCCAUGAAGACCCCGGGUGAGGUGCUGCGCGAAGGCGAGCUGGAGAAGCGCAGCGACAGCCUGUUCCAACUGUGGAAGAAGAAGCGCGGCGUGCUCACCCCCGACCGCCUGAGACUCUUCCCCGCCGGGCCCGGCGCGCGCGCCAAGGAGCUGCGCUUCCACUCCAUCCUCAAGGUGGACUGCGUGGAGCGCACGGGCAAGUACGUGUACUUCACCAUCGUCACCACUGAUCGCAAGGAGAUCGACUUCCGCUGCGCGGGCGAGAGCUGCUGGAACGCGGCCAUCACGCUGGCCCUCAUCGACUUUCAGAAUCGGCGCGCGCUGGAGGACUUCCGCAGCCGCCAGGAGCGCGCUGCGCCCACCGCACAGCCCGAGUCCCGGGCGGCCCGCGCGCCCUGAGCCCGCGUCGCGAGCCACAUACUGGACCAGUCGGGCCGGACCGGCUACAUGGGCCGCGUCAGGCAGCAGCCCAAGGGGUGUCCAGGACAGCGGGAGCCCGGGAGGGCGAUCACACGCUGACCACGCGCCGACCAAGUGGCCGCUUCGAGUCCCCACCGAGGAGGAUCUUUCCCGUGGGUGUGGAACCUCGCCCCGCUGUGCGGGCGCGUUAACUUAUUGAACUAUCUAUGUAUUUAUUUUGAUGGUUAUUUGUCCGUCAACCGUUCUGUCUUAAUAUUUUGUUUUUACAUCACGAUGCAUUCCAAAUAAAUGACUUGACCUGGUCUCUUUUCUACCA